GGUAUCGGUAUACCCACAGGCCACAGUUACCCACCCACUUCUCCCUUUCAACAAUCUCAAGACCUUUUCUCUCUCAUUCAAUCCACACAUUUUAGGAGGAAGUGGGGGUGUUGCUCUUCUUUUUCUCUCUCUACAGUUUUGAGUGCUCUCUUUUCUCAUUUUUUUCCUCAUUUGCUAAAGCAAGAAAAAUGGAAACCCUAAAGUUCCGAUCUUUGUGACUUCAGUUUAUCUGCAUUAUCCUGGUAGUCGCCUGAGCUGUAGAUGGGAUUGGAGACAAUAAUGUUCGAUUUUGAUGCCAGCAAGUGUCAAAUACUGAAGCUGGGCAAUGAGUAAUGGGUGUGUUUGAUACGACUAAUUUAAGGAGUCUGUAUUUAUUCCAAUGGCUUCAGAAUCUAGCAUCAAGAUUUCCUCUGAUAAGCAGAGCAAAAUACAUGGAACCCAAGUCUUAGGGGGAAAUGCUCGCAAGGCUUCACCCUUGCCUAUUUCUAAGACUGGAAAAUCCGAGACUAUCGUGAGAGAAUCAUCUAAAAAUGUUGAACCUGUUGUUUUAAAGAAAAUUACAAUAGCAGCAGCAGGGGAAAAGAAGUUACAUAAUCAUCAGCAAAGGGAGUUGGUCAGUUCUGUGGCUGAUAAACUGGAUUCUAGCUUACGGUUGGGUAAUUCUAAACAAUUACAGACACUUGAGAAGAAGCCUGAUCAGGAAAAGAAAACAUCAGGUCACACAAUUGUCAAGGAUAGCUCAGCAUCUGCUAAAGUGAGCGAUGGAGCUAGCAGCCUUGCAAAAACAAGUGGAAGUGCCAAAAUCAGUGAUCGGCUUGAUUUUGUUGAGAGUGGAAAGAGCAGUUUGUGUAGGGGUAGCACAAGUACUGAUAUAAGUGACGAAAGUACUUGUAGCAGCCUGAGUAGCAGCAUCAACAAACCUCAUAAAGCAAAUGAUAUGAGAUGGGAAGCCAUACAAGUGGUACGAUCAAAGGAUGGCGCAUUAGAUUUGAGGCAUUUCAGAUUGUUGAAGAAGUUGGGCUGUGGCGAUAUUGGAAGCGUCUAUCUUUCAGAAUUAUGUGGAACAAAGUGCUAUUUUGCCAUGAAGGUCAUGGAUAAAGCAUCACUAGCAAGUCGUAAGAAACUUUUGCGUGCUCAGACAGAAAGAGAAAUACUGCAGUCCCUGGAUCACCCCUUCCUUCCAACUUUAUAUACCCAUUUUGAGACAGAAAAGUUCUCAUGUUUGGUUAUGGAGUUCUGCCCAGGAGGUGACCUGCACACACUUCGGCAGAGGCAACCAGGAAAGCAUUUUACAGAACAAGCAGUGAAGUAAAACACUUAUCCCAACUAAUAGUCUCAAUAUUCUUUAUAUGUAUUAUAAAUUGUAUCAUCUUGCGAAUUAAUUUCUGCAAGCUUUUGUGCUUGUGGAUAUAGGAAACAAUUACUUUCAUUCUCAUAAGAUUUGCAGUGUGUCCAGUUGAAUCUACAUAGGAAAUGAUGUAAGUAGUUAUGGAAGUUGGUUGAGCUAACUAGAGUAUUCAACUUCCUGACUCUUCACAAGGAAUUCUUAUUAAGUUUAUAAUUUAGGGUAAAUUGUAGAUUCUCUUAAAAUAUGAUAUAUGCACAAUAUCUGUGUACAUAUCUUACAAGAAAAUAUGUACUUGUGAGGAGUGAGGGAGAAUCAAACAAGUUUGAGCUGAAAACAGUGGGAAGAGAGAGCUGGAAUGCUGUCUCUAACUGAGCCAAAGUAGAAAUGAUCCUCUGAUGUGCUCAUAUCUACCAAAUUUUGGUCUAUAAGUUUGUGUUUGGAAGUAUCAUUAUAACUUGUUCUAGGUUUCUCUGAAACUACCAUUCCUGACCAAAAGGCACAAGUUGUUUAAUAUUUUUAUUAGUAAAUUGUAUAUAACACUAAAGUAUUACAUAUUUAAUUAGAUCUUGCACACAGCUAGCUAUGAGGUAAAACAAGGCCUCUCUCUUUAUGGUCCAUAAUAGGUGCUUGAUUUGGAACAAAUUCUGAAAAUAAUAUAAAAUUUUGUUUUAUGGUUCCUAGUGCACUACCUUUGCAGUGCAAGCAAGAAGUUUAUCCCCUGCAAGUUUACAAAUUGGGAGGAACGGAUGCUCCUCAUUUAUGUGAUUAUAAAUUUAUAACCUGAAACAAGUCUUAUGUUAAGAGUUUUCAUAUUUUAGCUAUGUGGUUAGGAAUAAUGUUAAGAUAAUUCUGUAGUAUUUAUGAGGCAUUUUGGGGAUUUUAUAUUAAUGUAUGAGAGGUGACCAUUGGGCUUGAUUAGGCUUUUUGUUACACGACAGGUUUAGAAGAGAAAACCAUAGUCAAAUGCUUUCUCUUAUGCUUUACCAUCGCAGUUGACCUGGGUUUUUGACUGCUGACGUGGUCAACAGAUGUUAACUCUACUCGUGUCCACACGUAAAGCUCCUACACAUUUGGACAAAUUGUUAGUAGCACAUGGCUUUCUUCGGCCUUGGGGAGGCGGCCGCAAGCACUCCGAUAGUUAAGUCAGUCAACUUUU